UGUGCGAAAAGUGAAAACUGAAACUGUAUUUAUUUAUUGUGUGAAAUAAGAAAUUCCAAGGAACUUGCGACUUAUUAUUAAUUUAUAAGAGCCAAGAGUCUUAUUUAGCUACUACCUGGUGAAAGUGUUUACGUUUUGAUUCUAUUACCUGCGUUGUGUGUGUUAAUUAGUGUGGUGUCGUACUAUUAAACUAUUGUUGUUAUACAUUACUUUUCAGUACGGAUGGAAUACGUAGGUUAUCACCAUGAUGCUGAUGAGGUUAAACAUGAGGGUGAUACUGGCGGCUCUGUGUGGUGGUGUGCUGCUGAUCACAAUCUACUGGAGCCGAUGUGGAGACUUCACUCAUAGACCAAUAGGGUCAGGUCCAGGUUCUGCAGCGAGCUCCGGGUCGCAGCGUGGCGAGGACUUGGAGUGUAUCAUCAACGGCGAGUACUCCGUGUGGUGCCGUCGACACCGAGACGAAGUGCUCGUGCCCUUCUCCUUCAUACGCAAGUAUUUUGAGGUUUAUGGCAAGCUAACUUCAGUGGACGGAGUGGAGAAAUUUGAAUGGUCACACAGCUACGGCAAAGUGUACCAUCCCAAGAAGAAGUAUGACCCCCGGGGAACGUUCACCACCUUCGAGAACUACAACGUCGAAGUGCGCGACCGAGUGAAGUGCAUCAGUGGAGUGGAGGGAGUGCCCGUGUCCACCCAGUGGGAGCCGCGUGGCUACUUCUAUCCCACGCAGGUUGCUCAGUUCGGCCUGGCCCACUACAGUAAGAACCUCACCGAGCCCGAGCCCCGGGUCACGGUCCUCGACGACGGAGACGAACACGCCCCGGGCUGGACGUGCAGCCAAGACGCGACCAUGACUCGAGAGUACGACAGUGAGCUCAAAGCUAAGGUGAUGGAGUUUAGGACUUCAGAGCAGGCGCCGAGCCAGGUGUGGCUAAGUGUGAACAUUAGUCAGGACUUUGUGGUCAGCGUAGAUCUGCUGCUGAAGCCGAACUCCUCGAUGAUGAUUGUGCUGCAGAAUAAAGACAAAAAAGAGACCGUGUAUUUACACUACGUGACCAGCACUCAGCUAAUUUACGCACAGGAUGAUCACAUCUACUACGGAAUAGGAGUUGAGCAGAAGUGGCGAAGACUGACGCGGGACCUUAUCAUUGACAUGCAGAAGGGUUGGGCGCUGCUCGACCGACCCAAGCGGAAGUCUCCCAAGAAUAAGUUCAUGGUGAGUGGCGUGGCGGUACGCGGUGCGGGGCGGGUGGGUCAUCUUCGCGUGUCGGGCAGCGAGCACAUGGCGCAGUUCUUCGCGGCGGCCACGUGGCUGUUACGAGCGCAGGCCGAGCGAGGCGGGUGGCCCAUACCCGCGCGACGCCGCGUAGCGCCGCGUCUGUCCCCGCUGGCGCCCGGCUGGUACUCCGCCAUGAGUCAGGGUCACGGUAUAUCGGUGCUGUCGCGCGCCUACCACCGCAGCGGAGACGCGGCCUACCUGCGCGCCGCACGCCGCGCACUGCGUCCGCUGGACGCGCCGCCGCUCAAAGCGCUCUGGAUGGACCGCUACGUGUGGUACGAAGAAUAUCCGACAAAACCGCCGCUGUUCGUACUCAACGGUUUCAUCUACACUCUGCUUGGCUUGUACGAUCUGCACGUGAUAGAGGGCGAGAACAGCAUCUCGCCGGCCAAAAAGAUGUUCGACGAAGGCAUGGUGUCGCUCAAAGCACUCCUGCCGCUCUUCGACACGGGUAGCGGCAGUUUCUACGAUCUGCGGCACUUCACACUCGGCGUAAGUCCGAACAUUGCGCGCUGGGAUUACCACGCCACGCAUGUCAACCAGUUGUACCUUCUGGCUGGCUUGGACCCCGAUCCGAUCCUUAUCAAUACGGCGAGGCGAUGGCAGGGCUACAUGCAGGGGAAACGCGCAGCGCACAAUUGAACCGAGGCCGCUAAAGUGGCGAGUUUCGCAUGAGCCCCAGCCGCCAUCUUGGAUUUACGUCAUUCGCAGCGAGCCUGCAUAACGCUACGCAGGAGUUCGGAAUGUACCCGUUUGGGAUGGAAUUUGCAGAUUCCGCAGUCAUAUAUACUUCACGACCAUUGGCGAUCUGUUCACUAUAAAUAUCUUUGUAAAUAUAAAGUUGCCAGAUCUUACUACAGCGUUUCAACGUCGAUAUAAGAUUAGUUUGUAUUGUUAUGAUUAUUGCACAUGCACAAAAUUAUAAGGUUUUUUAUUGAGAAACUAUUAGUUACAAAUAUUUAUUGUAAAUCGAAAUAUUGAUAAUUAUUCGAAUUUGUGUGGGAAAUAAAACGGAUGAUUACAAUAUGUAGCCUUAGAUCUGUGUAAUGUUGAUCUGGUGCGAACUACGGCAUGAGUGUGGAUAAAGUUUUUAAAAGGAUAAAAUUUACUCAUCCUUCACAAUCAACCGUUUUAUGCAGUGUGAGUGGCCAUACAGGCUGAGUCAAAAAUCAAGAUUGACCAAUUAAUUGGUUAUGAGAUUGUUUUUUCUCACAUUUAAUUAAUCUUAGCCUUAAUAUGCUGUAAAGUGUAUAGAAAAAACUGUAUAAAUAUAUUAUCAAUUAUAAAGACUGAUCGAUUAAUAUAAACGGCAUAUCUAGCUUACUAAGUAGGGAUCACUAUAAUUUGUUGAAUAUUAGACUAUCUGCUGGGACGAUUGUAGAAAGAUGGAACCUCUGCCUUAAAACUUUUAGUAUCAUCAUACAACGAUGACCUAAUAAAGAAGUGUACGGCUGUUUUUGGGAGUUUUUUUGUAUAUCUAUAUUUUGCUUUCGGCUGAUUCAUAGUAAAGUGAUACUAUGAAAAAAAUGUGAUAGCAGGUAUGCUAAACCCUUUUUAAUUUUUUAAUUUCACAGACUUUCAUAGGUAAAACGUGUGUAUUGCGUUACCAUAAAAUGAUUUAUGUAGGAAUGUUAUAAAUUGCAUUUAUAAAUGUUUAAAUACACAUUUUUACCAUUAAUAGCAGUUAUAACGGUUAAAGUUUAGUGAGAAGUGGUAAGAAACUCAUUGCCAAUCUUAAAUCAUCAAAAUUUUAGAAACAUUUUUAUUUUCAAUAUAAUAUUAUUUACUUGAUUUAUGGGGUGAUGCGAAAUAAGAGUCUGAGUCGGUUGUUUUUACAAUAAAACCUCCACUCUUGUGGUCGGUCAAUAUUGAGCGUUUUGUCUUCGACUUAAAUUUCAUUUCUUACGAGUCUCUUGCCCCUUAACUUGACCACAGGACGGCUUCAUCUUUUACACAAUAAUUAAUAUUUGACUUAGUUUCUUCAAUAUUACAAUUAUUUAGGUUUUGCCGCUCACCGCGCGGGCUGUCUACUCGGGCUUAGCAUCAGAUUUUCAAGCGUUACACUAUAACGCCAGCCUAGAGGACCGUUACACGAUAUAUAUAAGUAGCAGUAUACAGAAUGGCAUCUGCCGCGCGCCCUCAAAACCAAAACGUGAACAGUUUUCGGUAUGGAAUGGCGGUUAAGAAAACUAUUUAUUUAAGUAUAUAGGUACUCCCGUUAUUAUUUAACAACACUUUAACACUGCAGAAUAAUUAAUCUCAUCCCGAGCAAGACACAAUAUUCCCUUCUCCUCUCUUCUCGCCCUUCCUCUACUCGCCUCACACUUCGCAGCGCUACACUAGCGCCACCUCUUAGACAACCGCUGCUCACUUCACUUGACUCGUUACAAUAUAUUUGAAAUAAAUCUUUUAAAAAGGGUGUGGCACACCUGCAAUCGCACUGAAAGUCUGUUGCUCUUUAUUUUUUGUUUUUUUCUUUUUUUUGUUUUCUUUAUUGAUUAUUCACACAUGAAUGUAAUCACAGUAUGGAUAAAAGGCAGUAUACCCAUCUUUAUGUCAAGUGUAGCUUUAUACUUGUACAAAAUUGUAAAUUAUGCACUGUGUAUAUGUCUGUGUAUAAUGUAUGUUACUUUUAUCUACGUAGUUAUUAGUAGCAGUACCAAUUAGUUUCAAUGAGAGUCGAAUCUGUGAUUUGCUAGAAAUUCAGCUGUUUUUAUUACGUGAUAGUAAGUUAUUUGUAAAAAAAAAUAUAAUUAGCUAGCUGUCCGUCGAACUGAUAUUAAUGUUAAAUUUAUUUCUAUUUGUAAUACUAGAAAGAAUGCCCCAAGAUUCGAUGACCGAUGAAGAUGUCGUCGCUAAGAUUAUCAAGACAAAUGACGUACUUAAUUAUAUAUAACUCUUAGUAUUCAUAGUGUACAUACAUAUUAUUAUAGGUACGGAUAGCGCGCUAGUGUUUAUUUAUGAGUUUGAGCACAGCUUGGCUGAUAGGAUAGAUCCGGCACCGGCGGAAUGGCACAGACAGGCGCGAACAAUUUCUUUUGUCGGAGAGCGUACUCAAGUAGCGGAGCACGCGAGAGCUAAUGAAUAUCACAGUAUUACCAUUUCUAUACAACCAUAUUGGAAAAAUUUAACUUAAGGCUGAUUAUAUAAUCUAGACCCGCAACAGGAAAAACAAAGUUAAAUUAAAUUUUUGUUAUUUCUUUCUGAUAUAUAGCGGCGAUAAGUAGAGUGACUAACCACUAGUUGCAUUUAGCAUCCUUAAAGUUAAAAGUUUCAUUAAAUAUGAUAUUCUUUUUCAUUCAGAUUGAUUUUGAAUAAGUGUGAGUUGUAGAAAUAAUCAAAUAUUCCCUAACAUUGAAAGUACUGAAGUAAUUGAUAUUGAAGUAAAGUUGUUAAUCUAUCAUCGCUAUAUAUCAAAAUGUAUACUGUAUCAUCCAUCAAUAACAGAAACUUCACAAUAAAAUAGUGUACAUUACUUACUUACCUCCCAAAACUUAUUGAAACAAAUGAUCUAAAAGAAUGUUAAUUAAAAAUGUAGCCAUUGGGCAAGAAAGCACAUCUUGUGAAUGACAAUAAAAUGUAAUAAACAA